CCGAUUCAGAAUCAGUAGCAGGGGCGGACUGACCAUUUGGAAACUCGGGCUCUGUCCGAGGGCCCGAGGUCAGUAGGGGUCCCCAUGAGAUGCCCCUGGUACCCUUUUUCAUAGGCUUUUUUGAGUUUGGGCAAGGGCACAGGGGCCCCAUGAUCCCCUAUUGCCCGGGUGCCCCAUGAGUUGUCAGUCCGCCCCUGAUCAGUAGUAAUAUGCAGAGCUGGUAUUAUAGAUCGCCCAGAGCAAGGCAGGAAGCAGGGAUGGGAGACCAGAGCAAUAAGAUUCUGGAAUCAUCCCAAAGUUUGGGAUUUUAUUUCGAUGAUAACUAUAAAAGUCUGACAGAUAGAGAGGGUGAAUCUCCCUGAUG